AUGCAGCAGCAAUAUAUUUACUAGUAACUAGAAAUUGCUUAAGGAUUGAGAAGAAAUAAAUUGUAAUUAUUGAAAAAAACAGAUUAAGAUAGGAAAUACGAAAUAAUUGCAAAAAUUGGAAAGGGAGGCUAGGGAUUAGUCCACAAAGCUAGUUAUAUAGAUAAAAAUAAUAAAGAAUAAUUAGUAGCACUUAAGUAACAAGAACUUUCUAAGAUAGCAACUAAUGAAAAGGACCUAAAUGAACAAAUUUUAAGAUUGGCUAGAGAAAUAUCAACGUUUGAUCUUAGACAUCCGAAUAUUGUCGAAGUCUAGGAUGCAUUUAUUACUUUCGAUUCAAGGUUAAUAAUAAUAAUAACUGAGCUAGCUGACAAAGAUCUAAAAUAAUAUUACGAAGAACAAAAGAAUCUAAGUGAAGAAAAGAGUCUAAGUGCUUCAAAAAUAUCAUUCAUCCUAUUGUAAAUAUUAGAAUCAUUAGAUUAUAUUCAUGACUUGGGAAUAAUUCACAGAGACAUCUCUCCAGAUAAUAUUCUAGUUUUUUAGGAUAAAAUGGCGUUUAAAAUAUGUGACUUCGGUCUCGCAACAUAUGGAGAAUAUACUGUUCUAGCAGCUGGAAAAGAAAAAUACAAAGCUCCAGAAAUUAUUUAUAAAAAUCCUGGAUAUAAUAAUAAAGCUGAUAUAUGGUGUCUUGGUAUAGUACUCUACUAUCUGAUAACAGGCGAAGAAACUUAUAAAAAUGAAGCAAUAAAUUAUAAAAUAGAUAACCAAAAACUCUUUGAAGAAUUCAAGAAAUUGCUUUAAAAUCCUGAGACUGAAUAAUAUGAAAAAUAUUAGGAGGAACUAAUUAUAUACAGAAUGCAAUAGUUUGCUGAACAAUAGCGAUAACAGGCUGAGGAAUUCAAAAAAUACUUAUAAGAUCAAUUAAAGAAUAAUACCUACAAGUUCAUUUAUAGUGAUGCAAUUCAAAAAGAGCUAAAGAUACUAAAGGAUGAAAUUGUGUCAUUUUAACUAGAAGUGGAGUCUUAGAUUGAGGAGGAGAAAGCAUAGCAACCAAUCAGAGGAUUAGAUAAGUCAGAAUAGUAAGAGAGACAUUCGAAUAAUGUGAUUUAAGAAGAUAAGCCUUUAACAGAAGAGCAGCUAAUUUUACAUUAAUCAAACUUCAGAAGAUUGGUUGAUACCCAUUUGAAAAACAAUGGAAUUCUAAACUAGGAACUUCCCAAACUUUAAGGAGCAAGUAAAUUAUUGUAUAAAGCAUCAAGGGACGGAUUUAGAGCAAAACACUUUCAUGAAAAAUGCGAUAAUCAAGGUCCUACUCUUACAUUUAUUAUGAGUGAAAUGGGCCAAGUUUUUGGCGGAUACACAUCAUUAGACUGGAAAUCUCCUGAGAAUCUAUAUUAAUAAGAGACAGAUCCUAAAGCAUAUAUAUUCUCAUUAACUUAGAAUACACUGCACAAACAGUAUUAAAACAAUGACUACUCCAUCUGCCAUUUAAAACAUCAGCAUGUAUAAUUUGGUAUGACAGAUAUACAAAUUAGGGAUAACUGCAAUGAGAAGAAAAAUAGCUUAAGUAACAUUGGCAGCACUUAUAUGCCUCCAGAAGAUAUUGAAUUAGGAACUACGAAAUGUGAAAAGUAUUUAGCAGGUGAAGAAUAAUUCAGAGUUUUGGAUAUUGAAGUUUAUUCUGUAACAGUCGAAUGA